CCUUCGUGUUGUCCACGCCCCCUUGUGUGUUGGUUUUCGUUUGACAGCCAAGUAAAGUUUUUUCUCCUCCGGCACCACCGCGGCUUCUCUCGCGUAUGUGGCGGGUUUUUUCGGCCCUUGUCUCCGCAGAUUCCCCGCUCUGCUGGUCGGAAGACGACGAUGAUGAUGGAGUAAUUGUGGAACCAUGUCGGUGAAUUCGGUGCACUGGUUUCGCAAAUGUCUGCGGUUGCACGAUAAUCCGGCGCUGCAGGAGGCCGUGAACGCAGCACACACACUCCGCUGUGUUUAUAUUCUGGACCCGUGGUUCGCGGGAGCCGCGAACGUGGGAAUCAACCGAUGGAGGUUUCUGCUGGAGGCUCUGGAGGACCUGGACAACAGUCUGAAGAAGCUCAACUCCAGAUUGUUUGUGAUCAGAGGGCAACCUACGGACGUGUUCCCCAGGCUUUUUAAGGAGUGGAAGGUGACCAGGUUAACGUUUGAAUACGACCCCGAGCCUUAUGGGAAGGAGCGGGAUGGCGCCAUCCUCAAGAUGGCUCAGGAGUUUGGUGUGGAGACGGUCGUCAGAAACUCUCACACCCUCUACAACCUGGACAGGAUCAUUGAGAUGAACAACAACAGUCCUCCUUUGACCUUCAAGCGUUUUCAGACCAUUGUUAGUCGACUGGAGUUGCCACGGAGACCGAUGCCUCCGCUCAUGCUGCAGCAGAUGGACAAGUGUUGCACGGAGAUCUCCGACAAGCAUGAUCAGCUCUACAGCAUCCCCUCACUGGAAGAGCUCGGUAUUACACUCACGAGCACAAAGAGAACGGAGUAGAAGUGAUUAUUGUUGGUGUAAACAUCACUAGUACUGCAACUAACAAUUAUUUUUAUCAUCAAUGAAUCUAUCCAAUAAUAAUCCAUACAU